AUGCCAUCAUACUCCUACCCGCUUCGAAAGGACAACUCCGACGAAUUGCGGGACCGAGGACCCGGCAGUGUAAGCAUUAGCAUCACCCAGCCAACCCAAAGGCAGAAGCAGAAACAUAUCACCCAACGACCCCAAUCUCACAAGCCGCUGAGACUUCCGUCGCUCAACCUAAAGAUCGCCUGA